AUGUCGUACCUCCUCAAUAAAGCCGCCAGCGCCGCUAAAAGCGUUCAGAGCACCGUGAUCAGCACCAGCACAACCCAUUUAGAAAGUGUCACCAGCAAGUUCGGAUUCGAAAGUGUGACCAAUGUCGUGACCAGCAUAGUCACCAGCAAAGAUGCCACCCCCAAGCACCGAUAUUCCAGUGCGGCGCCCAUCUCGGAGGGCAACAGUGUCAAAUAUCAUGUCAGCGGGUGCGCAUACUUCUGGGCUGUCUCGGAAGCAUUGGAGAAGGCCAAAGAGUCGAUUUGGAUCCUUGGGUGGUGGGUUUCACCAGAAGUAUAUCUUCGGCGACCGCCCUCGGAGAAUGAAAAGUACCGACUCGAUCGGAUGCUUCUGGCCGCUGCCGAGCGAGGUGUCAAGGUAAAUAUCAUUGUAUUCAAGGAAGUCCCUCAAUUCAUGUAUCUCUCGUCGCAUCACACUCAACGCGCUCUGGAGGCUUUACACCCCAAUAUCGCUGUCUUUCGAUAUCCGGACCAUUAUACCGGUGCCAAGGGAGUCCUGUCGUCGACCAAGAGCAUGCUGCAAAACACGGUAUCCGGCGGUGCAGCCAAUUUGGGUAAGAUCUCAGACGAAUCUUUGCAGAACCUGUUCGCAUUGGCCGGUGGACCGACUUUGCUCUGGGCACAUCAUGAAAAGCUUGUCAUCUGUGACAGAGAGACCGCCUUUAUGGGCGGCAUCGACCUCUCUUACGGUCGAUGGGAUACAAUUCAGCACCCGAUCGUGGACGCUCAUCCCGGAAAUCUCGACGACAUCGUCUUCCCCGGCCAAGACUAUAACAAUGCCCGAGUCAUCGAUUUCAAAAACCUCGAUAACUGGGAGCACAACAAACUCAGUCGGUUGACGACGUCAAGGAUGGGCUGGCAGGACAUCUCCAUCAGCCUGACUGGGCCGGCGGUUGCCGACCUCUGCAAGCAUUUCAUCGAACGUUGGAACUUCGUACACAGCAUGAAAUACAACACGGGCCUCCCACGGGACUCGCGAUACGAACGUCUCUUACCCAUCAGCGAUCAAUCUGCGCAGGAUCCGUCGCACCAGCCUGCAGGUCCAAUGACAUGCCAACUCGUUCGCAGUAUCGGCAGCUGGAGUGGCGGCUCAACCCUCGAGCACAGCGUGUACGAUGCGUAUAUCGACAUAAUCGAGAAGAGCGAGCAUUUCGUAUACAUUGAGCAGCAAUUCUUCAUCACGUCUACGGGGACCUGGCUGGGAACGGUUUGGAACCGAGUCGGCGAAGUUCUCGUGCAGCGAAUUUUGCGGGCCGCCCAGGAGAAGAAACGGUAUAAGGCCAUUGUGAUAUUGCCUUCCGUGCCAGCUUUCCCAGGCGAUCUGCAAGCCUUGAUUACAGGCCACCCGCCCCGGGCAAUCAUGAAGCUGCAAUACAAGUCUAUCUCUCGCGGCGGAUUCAGCAUCAUGGACAAGAUCAAACGAGCUGGUGUCGAUCCGAAGGAGUACAUCAGAUUCUACAACCUUCGGAACUAUGACCGGAUCAAUGAGAGCGGGGUGAUGCAGAAGGCGGAGAAGGCUAGUGGCGUCGAGUAUAAACUUGCUAGCCAGGACCACGACGAUAUCGUUGACCCCUUCGGACUGCGGGCACAGAAAGAGAUGGGUGAGUUCGAAGGUGAUGACGUUACUCGCAACCACGAAGCCUACCAGAAGUACCAGAGUGCGACGGGCCACACACACAGCAGCUGGGACUCUGUCAGUUCUUGUUAUAUGCUCGGGGGCGUUGACAUCCGGAAGGUCCCGUGGGUAGGAGGUGGCACCAUCAAGGAAAUCGACGCCUUUGUCAGCGAAGAACUCUAUGUGCAUUCCAAGGUGCUGAUCGCAGAUGACCGAGUUGUCCUCUGCGGCUCGGCAAAUUUAAACGAUAGGUCUCUCAAGGGGAGUCGAGACUCGGAGAUUGCACUGGUGAUCGAGGAUCCGACGCCAGCCGUCACGACAAUGAACGGACAGCCAUUCCAAGCCAGUCGAUUCGCGGCCAGCUUACGCCGAUAUCUGUUCCGAAAAUAUCUGGGCCUGCUCUCUCCUCAGGACAUGCGGAAGCCAGAUGGGCAUUUCACGCCUGCACCGGGCGACAAUGAGUAUGACUUUGGAUCGAAGGAAGAUGUCCUCGUCUCCGACCCUCUCAGCGACCAGUUCCUCCAGCACUGGAACGACGUGGCGCAGCAGAACAUGCUGGCUUUCCGAAAAGUCUUUGCGCCAAUGCCGGACGACACGGCGCAAACAUGGUUGCAGUAUCAGAUGUUGUUCUGGAAGCGUUUCACGGGGCCGGACGGCCUGCACAUGGCCCAGUGGGGUCAUGUCAUGAAGGACAACUUUCCGCGAGGUGAUGAAGGUGUCAGGGCUGUGAAGGAGGAACUGGCAAAGAUAAGGGGUAUGCUUGUCGAGAUGCCGCUAGAGUUCCUGGCCAGAACAGAUAUCCAGAUCGAGGAUCCAGGAUAUAACAUCGUUACGCGGCAGGGUUAUGUGUGA